AAGUUUUGUUAAAUGAAGAGCGGCAAUGCGUUGGUUGAAUGUAAACGUCGAACGAGCAAUAUUAAAGUUGCAUUGAAUAUAGGAAUUAAAUGAAUUAUAUACCAAAUAUAAGCAAUUGUGCAACAAAAGUAGCAGGAGUACUGGCUUAUAUGGUCCAGUACGGUUGUAUAACCCACUGUGCUUUGGAAUAUAUUGGAGACUUUGUGAUAUGUACUGGCCCUUCAAUGGAACCAACAAUUUAUACAGAUGAUAUACUUUUGACUGAACAUAUAACUCCAAGGUUUCAACGCAUCAAGAAAGGUGACAUCAUAAUUGCGAAAUCUCCAUCAAAUCCUCGAAUACAUAUUUGUAAAAGAGUUGCAGGGAUGCCGGGUGACAAAGUGUUAGUGGGAUUUUCAUCACAAGUGGUUCCUCGUGGUCAUGUGUGGCUUGAAGGGGAUAAUCGCAAUAAUUCAGCAGACUCGAGGAUAUAUGGUCCUGUGCCACAAGGUCUUAUUCGUGGGCGAGCGCUUUGCAGAGUGUGGCCACCAAAAGAAAUAAAAAUGUUAACACACAAAGAGACUCAAGUCUUGACGAGAUAACUUAUCAGAUAUAUUCGCAGCAUAUAUCUUUAUUUCUUUGCUCUUCUAGUACUUAAGUGUUUUUGAAAUCAAUUAUAAUAAAUUCACUUUUCAUUCUUCAUGCUGGUAGAUGGACAAAUAAAAAUUUUCUGUAUAUGUUGCUUAAAACUGGGCUGAGAAUUCUGUGUGAAAACAUGCUAUGUGCUUCUGUAUGCGGUUUAAAAUUGUAAUAGUCCUAAAGGAAUAUUUA